GGUAAAACAGAGAAGAUGGGUUGCAUCUCCUCCAAACUUCUGGCUACAACCGAUAUUGAUCGAGAUAUCCGCUUCUAUGGGAGCAAGGCGGCCGCCGGCGAUUGCCCGAACCACGUUGUCUCGCUCACUUCGAGCACCUAUGGAGUACUAAAUCUCGACAGGAAUGAAGCCAAGGGGAAAGAAGAAGAAGAGGAGGAGGAGGCUGCGACCAAGAAAUGGAAGAGAUCUUCCCCUCCUCCUACCAUCCCUUCAUCUAAGAGAAGGGUUCUGAAGGAAGAGCCCUCAGAGAUCAUAAAUGCUUGGGAACUGAUGAGGGAUCUCGAUAGCGAGAUACCCAUUUGGUCUUCAUUGAAGAAACCCACGAAAUUGCAUGCCUCGGUGCAGCUAUUUUCUCCGACAAAGUUCGCGGCAUCACCCAAGAAGCAGAAGAAGCAAUCUGCGGGGAAGGAGAAUAGCCCACUCAGCCAGGGUUCAGAAAGGUUGGAUCUUGAUUCCAAUCGGAUCUUGAGACCCUUCAGAUCCUCCGAGAGUAUGCAAUGGUCUGGAUCACAUUCAGCGAUUUCGAAGAAGAUCACUCCCAUCAAUGCCAAGAUCCAAAAAUCAGGGAGAGAUUCUGGAGUUUCGGGGUGGAGACGGAGUCUUAGCCCUUUGUUUGAUCCAGAGCUUCUUGCUUCCAUCGAAAAAGAGCACUAUGAAGAGCAGGAACAGAUCAAGAAUAUGGCAUUUCCAGUUCGAGGGGAUAAAAAAGUCCAUGAUGUUGGCUUGCUGCUUCAAUCCUUUGAGGAGAAGUGCCCGACUGGUGGCGAGAACAUUGUGGUUUUGUAUACGACAACGCUGAGGGGGAUCAGGAAGACCUUUGAAGAUUGCAAUGCUGUUAGGUCCACGAUCGAGUCUUAUAAUGUUAAGACCGUGGAGAGGGACAUCUCGAUGGACUCGGGAUAUAGAGAGGAACUGAGGUUGCUGAUGGGGAAAAAGGAGGUGAGGGUCCCUGUGGUCUUUGUGAAGGGAAGGUUGAUUGGUGGCGCCCCGGAGGUCUUAAAGUUGGAAGAGGAAGGCAAGUUGGGGUUACUACUGGAUGGAAUCCCGAGGGCAGAGGUGUGGUGUAAGGGUUGUGGAGGGGGGAGAUUUGUUGUGUGCAUGGAUUGCAAUGGCAGCUGCAAGGUCUUGGAAAGAGAGCAGAAGAAGAUGGUGAGGUGUGGACAAUGCAAUGAGAACGGAUUGAUUCGCUGCCCCCUAUGCUGCUAGGAAUUACCUCUCCCUUGUAUUUUAUUAGGCCUGCAAGCUCUCAGAAUGGGUUGAUGUAGUGUCUACCCUCAAAAGAGAUUCAGAUAUCACUGUUGUAUGUAUUUGACUAGUUCUCUGUUACUUCAACUAUUCAGUAGAAUUCUCUUUCUAUGAAC